AACCUAGACCCAGCAGCUAUCAGCAAACUGAAACACUGAGAAGACCGCAGUCCAGUAUUGAACCUAGACCCAGCAGCUAUCAGCAAACUGAAACACUGAGAAGACCGCAGUCCGGUAUUCAACCAACACCCAGCAGCUAUCAGCAAACUGAAACACUGAGAAGACCGCAGUCCAGUAUUGAACCUAGAGCCAGCAGCUAUCAGCAAACAGAAACUCCAAGAAGACCGCAGUCCAGUAUUCAACCAAUAGAAAAACAGUCUCUUCACUGAGUUUGGACUUAGGUAUUCCAGAUCAGGGUUUACCAUCAGCACCAGAAACAUUUGAGUCGAUGCUGGAGAGACUUAUUGCUGCUAUCAGGAGCUCCAAGGCAUCGUUUAAAUAUUUCAGUGACAUUGCUACCAUACACACUUGCCUGGCUAAGUGUAACUUGAAGAGAGAUUACAAAAUUCAUGAGCUUGGGACUAUAGGGAGAAAUAUCACAUUUACUGGAAGCUUACAGGUUAAUAAUGUCUUCCUUGCAAGGAGUGUGGGUAUAUCAGAGAAGACAGUGAAACAUGCAUGUUAUGAGAAGGCCAUGGCAGUCCUAAUGACUAAUCCUGUGUCUGAAAUUUUGAAAUUGGAGGAUGAAGGGAUUGAGAAAUUGAGGAUGAAAUUGCUUGUUGACGAAGAGAAUAAAAAGGCUAAAAAAUUGGUUGUUGCUGCUGCACCCACACCACCUCUUACGCCUCGUGAAACAUUUGAGUCGAAGCUGGAGAGACUUAUUGCUGCUAUCAGGAGCUCCAAGGCAUCCCGUGAAUAUUUCAAUGACAUUGAUACCACAUACAAUUGCCUGGCUAAGUGUAAAUUGAAGAGUGAUUACAAACAGGAUUCCCUAGGGAAAAUAGGGGAAAAAAUCAAACAUACUGGAAGCUUACAGGUUAAUAAUGUCUUCCUUGCCAGGAGUGUGGGUAUAUCAACAAAGGAAGUAAAACAUGCAUGUUAUGAGAAAGCCGUGGCAGUCCUAAUGACUAAUCCUGUGUCUGAAAUAUUGAAAUUGGAGGAUGAAGGGAUUGAGAAAUUGAGGAUGAAAUUGCUUGUUGACGAAGAGAUAAAAAAGGCUGAAAAAUUGGUUGUUGCUGCUGCACCCACAACACCUCGUACGCUUCGUGAAAGACUGGUUAAGUUGAUCCAUUGUCUGAACAAUUUUAAUAAAAGAGCUGACACACCAAUGAACGAAUUGAAUAUUGCAAAUAUAUCUGCAAACUUUGUCUUUCAUCUGGUAUACAAAGAAGAAUCAAUUGAGCUUUGGGGAAUUUCUGUCUUAUUAAAGCCCUUCUUAUGCUUGACGGACAUCUGAUCGCUACAGCAGUUGAGAGAGAGCAUAAACGUGUUAGGUACAAAACAUACGCCAAAGGAGUUGAAUUUCUCAGGAACAGUCCAAUGUCUGUUGUUCUGGAGGGUGUCCCAGCUGAUGAUGACUAUACCAACCUCUCGGCACAUGACGUUCUGUCACACCGACAUGUCAGUCUUCCAGACCAUCAGACGGAGCAGAAGCUGGGUAGAAUGAUCAAUGAGGUGAAGAAUAUUGUAGCCUCCAAACAGCCCCCAAGCAACACACUCCAGAUUACUUCCCAAAAUAACCAUCUCCUCCUGACUUGCCUUUUCAAAAAAAGAACAAGAGGCGCUGAGCAGUUUGCUGAAUGUGAUCUUUACAUUGACUGCAUCUACAUCUGCAGUGGUGAAGGCUACAAAUAUGCUGAUGCAGUGAAGCGGGCCAAUGAGGAAGCAGUAAGAGUGCUUUGCAACAGUUCAUCUGACCUCAUCUUCAACAGCUUCAAACGGAUAACGACUAAAGAUGUGCAUGAUGUGGCACAAGUUUGUGAAUUUUGGGAAGGGAAAAUGACUAAGACAUUUUUCUGGUCAAACUGUGAGAAAAUUCAGCAAUUGAAAAAAAAAAUGCUGUUUAAGACAAACCCUGACUACACAAAGUUCCCGAGGGAUUGGGAAGGCAUGCCUGUCAUGGAACAGGACAUGUUUUCAUCAGAUAGGUUGAACAAGGCAUACGAAAUACUUCUGCACACUGCAACCAAAAGCUUUGUAACAAUGUUUGGAAAGGGCACAACUGAAGGCAAUGUUCUGAAGUGUGAGUUGUUCCUGCAAGGUGAGAAGCUGGCAGAGGCCACUGGGAAGAGCAAUCUUGAAGCCUCAGCAAAGGCAGCUGCCAAAAUCCUCUUCAAGUUGUACCAGCAUCAACCUGUGAUCAAGCUGCUCCCUGAGGGAGAUGAUUCCAAGUCCUGGCACACCUACGAGUCAAUCAAAGAAAAAGCAGAUAAAAUGAAGGCUGGGAGUGAGGACUCUGAGACAGAUGACUUCAUCUACAUCAAUGACUUUCCCCCAGUUCCAAAACAAAAGGUCCAGGAGGAACUCAUGGAGGUGGAUCAGGAGGAUGUAGAUAAGGAUACCCCAUCGUCAAGUCAUUCAAUGUCGAGUGUAAGGCGUACAGAUGUUGUGGAGGAUGGAGACAGUUUUGUGGGUGAUAGUGACGCACCAUCGUCGACACUCCCAGUCAACAAAUGGGUGAAAAAAGUGGUAGAGAAGAUGAUUGCAGAGUAUGCGGAAACUGAAAAUUUGGAAGAACUGAUAUUUGGUCCUGGGUUUCCUUUAGGAGAUCAAAAGCAGAUCAGGAUUACUGCAUCAAAGCAUCGCGUUUACAGUGGUGUUAAGACAGCUACAGAUAAACGAAACUAUGUGUGUGUCUAUCAAAAGCUUUCACCUGAGAUGAUACUACAAACGCUGAGAUUGAAUGAUGGUAAAUGUGGGAGAUAUGCCCUCAUACCCAAGGAAGAACUCCCAAGACAAGAAGAUCUUGAACAGGAUUCUUUUGGAAUACACAACAAUCUGACGCGAAGUCAUUGGAAACGUUUUAAGAUCAAAGUCGGAUCCGGAGGGGUGUGCAGAAAGUGACCAUUGAAAACGGGCAAAAAUGACUCCUCAUCCCUCCCCCCCCCCCCCUUUCCUCUCUCUUUCUCUUAUGUAAUUAAUGUAAUUAUCAUGAUAAAAUUGAUAUUUUAUACUUA